UCGAUUUUCGAGAUGGCACAGAGAGAGAGCGAGUAUUAUUACUAGAGCGUUGUUUCCCGCCAAUUAGCAACUUUCGCCGGCGUAUUUUCCCGGUGAAAAAUUCCCGCGCAAUCUCUUCACUCCAUAAUAAGCUUCUCUCAUCAAUCUCGCUCUCUUCGCCGACUGUUUCACUCCCCUUCUCUCUCACUCUCUGUGCGCUUUAUUCCACUCUCCGAUGGCUCCGUCUCGCCGACAGAUCAGCGGAAGAUCUCCGUUGGUGAACCAGCAGCGUCAAAUCACCUCCUUCUUUGGGAAAUCUGCUUCAUCAUCUUCUUCUCCGUCUCCAUCUCCUUCACCAUCUCUCUCCAAUAAGAAAACCCCCAAAUCUAACAACCCUAACCCUAAAUCUCCGUCUCCGUCACCAUCUCCGCCUAAGAAAACCCCCAAAUUGAACCCUAACCCUAGUUCUAAUCUUCCUGCUCGUAGUCCUAGCCCUGGUCCUGAUACUCCUUCUCCUGUACAGUCCAAGUUUAAGAAGCCCCUUCUCGUCAUCGGACAGACACCUUCGCCUCCUCAAUCGGUGGUAAUUACUUACGGUGACGAGGUGGUGGGGAAGCAAGUUAGGGUUUAUUGGCCUUUGGAUAAAAAAUGGUAUGAUGGGAGCGUGACGUUUUAUGAUAAGGGUGAGGGUAAGCAUGUGGUUGAGUAUGAAGAUGGGGAAGAAGAGUCUUUGGAUUUGGGAAAGGAGAAGACUGAGUGGGUGGUUGGGGAAAAAUCAGGAGAUAGGUUUAAUCGAUUGAAACGAGGCGCUUCGGCUUUGAGAAAAGUUGUGACGGAUAGUGAUGAUGAUGUGGAGAUGGGUAAUGUGGAAGAAGAUAAAAGUGACGGUGAUGAUUCUAGCGAUGAGGAUUGGGGAAAGAAUGUUGGGAAGGAGGUUUGUGAGAGUGAAGAAGAUGAUGUGGAGUUGGUUGAUGAGAAUGAAAUGGAUGAAGAAGAGUUGGUGGAAGAGAAAGAUGAAGAAACUUCUAAAGUUAAUAGAGUAUCCAAAACUGACUCUAGAAAGCGGAAGACUAGUGAAGUAACGAAAUCAGGUGGUGAGAAGAAAAGCAAGACUGAUACAGGCACUAUCUUGAAAGGUUUUAAGGCUUCUGUUGUGGAGCCUGCGAAGAAGAUUGGACAAGCUGAUAGGGUGGUCAAGGGUUUGGAAGAUAACGUGUUGGAUGGGGAUGCUCUUGCUAGAUUUGGUGCUCGUGAUUCUGAGAAAUUCCGCUUUUUGGGAGUAGACCGAAGGGAUGCUAAAAGGAGACGCCCUACUGAUGAGAAUUAUGAUCCGAGGACACUCUACCUCCCUCCUGAUUUUGUGAAAAAAUUAACUGGAGGCCAGAGACAAUGGUGGGAGUUUAAAGCAAAGCAUAUGGACAAAGUUGUAUUCUUCAAGAUGGGUAAAUUCUAUGAGCUUUUUGAGAUGGAUGCACAUGUCGGAGCUAAGGAACUGGAUAUACAAUACAUGAAGGGAGAGCAACCUCAUUGUGGAUUUCCGGAGAAGAAUUUUUCUGUAAACAUUGAGAAAUUAGUUAGAAAGGGCUAUCGGGUUUUAGUUGUCGAACAAACAGAAACACCUGAUCAGCUGGAGCAACGCCGAAAAGAGACAGGUUCCAAGGAUAAAGUUGUGAAGCGCGAAGUAUGUGCAGUUGUUACAAAAGGCACGCUGACAGAUGGGGAGAUGCUAUUAACUAAUCCGGAUGCAUCUUAUCUAAUGGCCUUGACUGAAGGAGGAGAAAGUUUAACUAAUCCUACAGCAGAGCACAAUUUUGGUGUAUGUUUGGUUGAUGUUGCGACACAGAAGAUAAUACUGGGCCAGUUUAAGGAUGAUCAAGAUUGCAGUGCAUUAUCUUGCCUGCUAUCUGAGAUGAGGCCGGUGGAAAUUAUUAAACCAGCUAAGGUGUUGAGUUAUGCAACAGAGAGAACAAUAGUUAGACAAACCAGAAAUCCCUUAGUAAAUAAUCUCGUUCCACUUUCUGAAUUUUGGGAUUCGGAGAAGACCAUAUAUGAAGUUGGAAUUAUCUACAAGCGAAUCAAUUGUCAACCGUCUUCUGCUUAUUCUAGUGAGGGAAAGAUUCUAGGUGAUGGUUCAAGCUUUCUUCCAAAAAUGUUGUCUGAAUUAGCAACUGAAGAUAAGAAUGGUAGCCUGGCACUCUCUGCUCUUGGUGGUGCCAUUUACUACCUGCGACAAGCAUUCUUGGAUGAGAGUCUGCUUAGAUUUGCAAAGUUUGAAUCCCUGCCUUACUGUGAUUUCAGCAACGUUAAUGAGAAGCAGCACAUGGUUCUUGAUGCUGCUGCUCUUGAAAACCUUGAGAUAUUUGAAAACAGUAGAAAUGGAGGCUAUUCAGGAACGCUGUAUGCUCAACUGAAUCAAUGUAUCACUGCAUCUGGGAAACGGUUACUGAAAACAUGGCUGGCAAGACCUUUAUAUAAUACGGAACUGAUCAAGGAACGACAAGAUGCUGUAGCAAUUCUGCGGGGUGAAAAUCUUCCGUACUCACUGGAAUUCCGGAAGUCGUUGUCCAGACUUCCAGACAUGGAACGGUUGAUUGCACGUAUGUUUUCUAGCAUUGAAGCUAGUGGAAGAAAUGGCGAUAAAGUGGUGCUAUAUGAAGAUACAGCUAAGAAGCAGGUACAGGAAUUCAUAUCAACUCUACGUGGUUGUGAAACAAUGGCAGAAGCAUGCUCUUCUCUCCGUGCUAUCUUGAAGCAUGAUACAUCCAGGCGGCUGCUUCAUUUACUAACUCCUGGUCAAAGUCUUCCAAAUAUAUCAUCCUCCAUAAAGUAUUUCAAGGAUGCUUUUGACUGGGUAGAAGCUCACAAUUCUGGACGUGUAAUACCCCAUGAAGGAGCAGAUGAAGAGUAUGAUUGUGCCUGCAAAACAGUAGAAGAAUUUGAGUCCAGUUUGAAAAAACAUCUGAAAGAGCAACGGAAAUUACUCGGAGAUGCAUCAAUAAACUAUGUUACAGUUGGAAAAGAUGAAUACCUCUUGGAAGUUCCUGAAAGUUUAAGUGGGAGUGUUCCUCAUGAUUAUGAAUUAUGCUCAUCGAAAAAGGGUGUCUCUCGAUAUUGGACUCCUACCAUAAAGAAAUUAUUAAAAGAGCUAUCACAAGCAAAAUCUGAAAAAGAGUCGGCCCUGAAGAGCAUUUCACAGAGAUUGAUUGGACGUUUCUGCGAGCAUCAAGAAAAAUGGAGACAAUUGGUUUCUGCAACAGCUGAGCUGGACGUGUUGAUCAGCCUCGCUUUUGCAAGUGAUUCUUAUGAAGGAGUAAGAUGCCGCCCAGUAAUAUCUGGUUCUACAUCUGAUGGUGUUCCACACUUGUCUGCCACUGGUCUAGGGCAUCCAGUUCUAAGGGGUGAUUCGUUAGGCAGAGGCUCUUUUGUACCAAAUAAUGUAAAGAUAGGUGGUGCUGAGAAAGCCAGUUUCAUCCUCCUCACAGGCCCUAAUAUGGGUGGAAAAUCAACCCUUCUUCGCCAAGUUUGCUUGGCUGUAAUCUUGGCUCAGAUUGGAGCAGAUGUCCCAGCAGAAACCUUUGAGGUUUCGCCUGUUGACAAAAUUUGUGUCCGGAUGGGUGCAAAAGAUCAUAUCAUGGCAGGACAAAGCACGUUUUUAACAGAACUUUCAGAAACUGCGGUAAUGUUGACAUCAGCCACCCGAAACUCGCUGGUGGUGCUAGAUGAGCUUGGACGAGGAACAGCCACAUCAGAUGGGCAAGCCAUUGCGGAAUCCGUACUUGAGCACUUCAUAGAAAAGGUGCAGUGUAGAGGAUUCUUCUCUACUCAUUAUCAUCGUCUCUCUGUGGAUUAUCAAACCAAUCCAAAGGUCUCACUUUGCCAUAUGGCAUGUCAAAUAGGAGAAGGAAUCGGUGGAGUAGAAGAAGUUACAUUUCUCUAUAGAUUGACUCCUGGUGCAUGUCCUAAAAGUUAUGGAGUUAACGUUGCUCGGUUAGCUGGUCUUCCAGAUUACGUACUCCAGAGAGCCGUGAUAAAAUCCCAAGAAUUCGAGGCUUUGUACGGUAAAAACCAUAGAAAAACCGAUCAUAAAUUAGCAGCAAUGAUAAAGCAGAUCAUCAGCAGUGUUGCAUCAGAUUCUGAUUACUCAGCUUCAAAGGACUCAUUGUGUGAGCUACACUCCAUGGCCAAUACAUUUCUCCGGUUAACCAACUAAUUUAACAGCUCUACGCCUUUCCGGUUUGUCGUUCUUCUUGUAACUCUUUAACCAAGGUCAAUCCACGAGCUUCGUCGUGUCAAAUACUAAAACCUGAGUCAGCCUGAAACUAAACUCCUGAGUAGAGACUCAGUUUUGAGGUGUGGGUUUAGCUUCUGAGUCUUUUUUCUCAAGUUUUUGGGGUUUUCAUACUCUGUAUAGUAGAGGAUCGGUAAUUUUGUGAAUAUAUGUUCGUUGAGUACUCGCGGAUUCUGUCUUCACUUGAAUUGGUGAAAAACAAGUAGACAACAAUUAUUUUGUUUUAAGACAAUUAUCACAAGUAUCAAAAUAGUGAAAUUUUAGUUAUAAUUGACAAAGAAA